CCGCCGCGGCGCUAAGGGGAACGCCACUUUGAAGAACUGGCGCGCUCUCCCUCUCCUGCGUAAAGGCGUGCGCGCGUGCGUCUCCGCCUUGAUCCCCAGCGCCGUGUGCCAUUCGGGCGGGUGCGCGCGGCUUCCCGAGCAGCUGCCUGCGCCUCCUUCCUCUGGCGAAUGUGAGGAGUUUCCCUCCGGCGUCCUGAUCCUUUUUGGAAGUGGGUUUUGCGCGCGCGUGUGCGUGUGUGUUUAAAUCAGCGAGCGGCGCGCAGGGAGCACCGAAGGGGACUCGAAGUCUUGGCGAAGGGGAGUCACCGGCUCGGUGUCCCUUCGGAGAGGAAGAGGACGAGAAGGGAGUUGCGAAGGAAACACCUCGCUCCGCCUCGCAUCCACCCGCGUCGCCGAGCCCACGCCGCUUGGGAGGAAUCGCCCUUCUGCAGCCGAACAUUUCCUCCCCAAAAUGGAUACGUUUCCUCUCCUCUGGGCACUUCUGGUUCUGCACCUGGUCGGAUCCGGAGUCACGGGGCAAGCAGCGCAACCAUGUGGGGGCCGCCUGAAUUCCAAAGACGCUGGCUACGUGACUUCACCUGGGUAUCCGCAAGACUACCCCUCCCACCAGAACUGCGAGUGGAUCAUUUAUGCUCCGGAACCCAACCAGAAGAUUUUCCUGAACUUCAACCCACACUUUGAAAUUGAGAAACAUGACUGCAAAUACGAUUUUAUUGAGAUUCGGGAUGGAGACAGUGAAUCAGCUGACCUUCUGGGCAAGCACUGUGGGAACAUCGCUCCACCUACCAUCACAUCAUCAGGCCCUUCUCUCUAUAUUAAAUUCACCUCAGACUAUGCACGCCAAGGUGCUGGCUUCUCUCUACGCUAUGAGAUCUACAAGACAGGCUCUGAAGAUUGUUCCAGAAACUUCACCACUUCGAACGGUACUAUUGAAUCCCCGGGUUUCCCCGAUAAGUAUCCUCACAAUUUGGACUGUGCUUUCACCAUCAUGGCCAAGCCAAAGAUGGAGAUCAUCCUUCAGUUUCUAACCUUUGACCUGGAGCACGACCCCUUGCAAGUCGGGGAGGGAGAUUGCAAGUACGAUUGGCUGGACAUCUGGGACGGUAUUCCUCAAGUUGGCCCCUUGAUUGGCAGGUACUGUGGAACUAAAACUCCUUCGGAUAUCCACUCGACUACUGGCAUCUUGUCACUCACGUUCCACACAGAUUUGGCAGUGGCCAAGGAUGGGUUCUCUGCUCGCUAUUACUUAGUUCCGCAGGAGGUGCCAGAGAACUUUCAGUGCAACAGCCCGUUGGGGAUGGAAACCGGCCGGAUCUCCAACGAGCAGAUCACGGCCUCCUCUACUUACUCGGAUGGCAGAUGGACCCCACAACAAAGCCGGCUCAAUAGUGAUGACAAUGGGUGGACUCCUAAUGUAGAUAACAACAAGGAAUUCCUGCAGGUGGACCUCCGCUUUCUGACGGUCCUGACAGCCAUUGCUACUCAGGGUGCCAUCUCCAGGGAAACCCAGAAUGGCUACUAUGUCCGGUCGUACAAACUGGAGGUCAGCACAAACGGGGAGGACUGGAUGAUGUACCGUCACGGGAAAAAUCACAAGGUAUUCCAGGCUAACACCGAUGCCUCGGAAGUGGUUCUGAACAAGAUUCAUGCUCCAGUGCUGACUCGCUUUGUCAGGAUCCGCCCCCAGGUUUGGCACAGCGGAAUUGCACUUCGUUUGGAACUGUAUGGCUGUCGGAUCACAGAUUCUCCCUGUUCCAACAUGCUGGGGAUGCUCUCUGGGCUCAUCCCAGACUCCCAGAUCUCAGCCUCCUCUACCAGAGAAUAUCACUGGGUUCCCAGUGCAGCACGCCUGGUCAGCAGCCGCUCAGGGUGGUUCCCUCGCAUCCCUCAAGCGCAGCCUGGGGAGGAGUGGCUUCAGGUUGACCUGGGCGUCCCCAAGAAUGUGAAAGGUGUGAUUAUCCAAGGGGCCCGAGGUGGGGACAGCAUCAACGUGGCAGAGGCUCGAGCCUUCGUGAAGAAGUUCAAAGUCAGCUACAGCAUGAACGGGAAGGACUGGGAGUUUAUACAGGACUCCAAAACAAUGCAGCCUAAGAUCUUUGAAGGAAACAUGCACUAUGAUACUCCAGAGGUUCGAAGGUUUGAUCCUGUUCCUGCACAGUACAUCAGGGUUCACCCAGAAAGGUGGUCUCCCGCAGGGAUCGGUAUGCGAUUGGAGGUGCUGGGAUGUGAUUGGACCGAUGUCAAGUCCACUGCGGAGACUCUGAAGCCCACCUUGAGGAGCGAGGAGACCACCACUCAGUUUCCCACAGACGAAGAAGCAACCGACUGUGGUGAUGGCUGUUUGGAGAACGCAGAUUUCCAGAUCCCUGUGGGAUUCAACUGCAACUUUGAUCUUCCUGGAGAUAUUUGUGGUUGGACUCACGACACAUCUACAGGAUUUACAUGGAUUUCUCAUUCGAGAAACACCUGGACUGGCCAUUCAGGACCAGGCAUUGGGGCCUAUCCGGAUGGCAAGAACUAUUUGCGACUGCAGAGCAGCGCGAGGAGAGAAAAGCAACACGCCCGUCUCAUCAGCCCCAGGGUCUUCUUGCCCAGGAGUGCCGUGUGCAUGAUGUUCCGAUACCAGGUAUCCGGCCUCGGAGCGAUGCUUCAGGUCCGUCGGGAAGCAAUGCAUGAGAUCAAGCCCCUGUGGAUUAUCCGGGAAGACCAAGGGGACGAGUGGCGAGAAGGCCGGAUCCUCCUGCCCAGCUACGAUAUGGCAUAUCAGAUUGUGUUCGAGGGAAUUAUAAGCAAAGGACAUUUGGGUGAGAUUGCCAUCGAUGAUGUCCGGAUAGGCACUGAUACCUCCUUGGAGAACUGUAUGGAACCCAUCGCAGCUUUCCCCGGAGAACACACAUUUGAAAUCUCAGGGGCCACCCUUCUGCCAGGGAACGAGCCCACAGUGGACACGGUGUCAGUGCAGCCCAUCCCAGCCUACUGGUAUUACGUUAUGGCCGCCGGAGGUGCUGUUCUGGUUGUGGUCUCCGUCGUGCUGGCUCUUGUGCUUCACUACCACCGCUUCCGCUAUGCGGCCAAGAAGAGCGAUCACUCCAUCACCUACAAAAGCUCCCACUAUGCCAGCGGGGCCCCUCUGGCGGUGGAGCCCACCUUAACGAUAAAACUAGAGCAAGACCGCAGUUCGCAUUGCUGAGAGCGGAGCCAGGAAACACACAGAAACUUUUUAAAAAGAGACUUUCAGAGACGUUGCCUCAAUUUUGCACUUUUCCUCCUCACCCAGCAUAUCUGUGAACUCUAUAGACAUCUCCCCUUCGUUCUCUUGACAAAAAAAACACACUCUUAAAAACGGUAAUGCUGCAUCGUGGAUCGCGAGAGGAGACUUGCCUCCCCCCCAUCCCAGUCUCUUUGAAAGUGAAUGCUCCUUUUAUUUCGUUUCUCAAGGACUUGUGGGGUUUUUUUUGUCCCCGGUAGACAACUUGCAAGAAAACUCAGUAGCGCGUCAGGAGGAGUAUGCCAGAGUAAAGUUGUGUGUGCUUGUAUUAUCUCUUACCUAUCUAUGUAUGUAAGUGUGCAUGUGGGGGGGGGGAAUUGGCUGAAUGGCUAUUUCGAAAAGGUCUUUUGGGACUUGCUUGUGCCGCUGCGACCUUCACAAGGGAGUGCUUUUCCCCCCCCUGACCUGCCUCGUGGAAGGCCCAGAACACCUUUUUUUUGAGGACAGAUACACUGAUUUGUUUACUAGGAGAAGUGAACGAUGCUUUUUGUUGCCUUAUCUAGCUCUGGCUGGGUUUACAUUUGAUAUCCUUAAUGAAAACGUCAGCAGGUUCAUGCUGAUUUGGGGGGGGGGUGGAGGAGAGGCUGUGCCCCUGGAAAAUUUUAAAUGGCAAGCCUAAAGAUAGGGCAAAAACAAAAUGCCACAGUGUAUGAUGGGGGAGAACUGAGAAAGGCUUGGAGACGGUCAACUUCAAGGUCUUGUAGGCUUCCUUCACCUCCGCCCCCCCAGAAAUCACAAAAACAUAGCCAUCGUUUUGGUAGUGGAAUUAAUCCCUCAACAAAACAAAUAUUUUUCAAGUUGCCUUAUUAAAAAAAAGAGAAGCUUGUAAUGAAUGUUCAGUUUAUCUGUUAAACCCAGCCUUAGAGAGAUGCAUAGAUGCCAAUAGAUGUAAGGUUUUGAAAAACGCUAUAGCUCCAUGAAUCUGAGGUUUAUUUCAUUUUAUAGGUAAACCUCACUCUUGGUGAUGCUUUCUUUUCUUUUCUUUUUUGUGAGAGCAAAGAAAUGCCGCCAUUGUGUUUUUACUGGUAAUUUUGAAAAAAGACACAAAAAACGCUUUUGCCCUCUUGUUUUCUCUCUCCAUGUCGACAUAAAUGGCUGCCUGACACAAUUUACUUUCGUGGCCAUGUUGCUUCUUAAGAUGUUGGUAAUGACAUCUGUCAACCAAAGCCCCGAGAAUAGGGCCUGCUAAAACCCAACUAUCUCUGCAUCUUUAACGAAGAUGGUAUAAUGGAGCCUCUAUCUAUUGAUUUUGCUCUGAAGUAAUGCAAUGGAAAUGCCUUAUAUAGAUUUAUCAAGUGAUAACACACAAAGGUGGUUGGAACAGUUAAAUCGGACAUAUUUUCUGGCAAAAGACAUCUCCACUGAACACUUUGUUUGCUUAAAAAAAAUAUCCAGCCAUGACUACUGCUAUAUCCUUCUUAAAGUUCCUGUCUGCCAUUUCUCCCUCAUGUGAAAACUGAGAAUUCAGGAGAGAGUAGCAGCGUUGUAAUACUGGGGGUGAAAGUCAUGAGUGCUUUCCAUUAUGGAAGCCCUACUAAAAUCACUGGGGGCAUAUCCAGGUUUCCUCUUGUCCUGCUGCUCCCUGCUGGGGAAAACUGCUCUUUUGUGCUCAUUCAGAGCAAACAGCAAUCAGGUUUUCCACAUAUUUCUUCCGAUUUAGAGAGUGGUUUUCCCUGGGAAAGGAGCCGGGCAAGGGGGAAACCGCUCAGCCCCGUGUCUUGGGGGCGGUGCACACCUCUUCUUGCCCCAUUCUUUCUAGGCACGGGACAGUGGAAGUGUGGACCGACCCCAAGACCUGUCCCUGAUAUAACCAUGCGGGACAAACUCCCAGUGGGUUGAACCCUAUGUAUGUACAGGGUUGGCAUGGGUCAUGAAAGAGAGUGGAUAUUCUUUGCCAGUUCCCCAAAAUGAACACUUUUAUCUAGGGGUGUCUAUGUCACAUCCUGCCGCCCUGUGUUAUUCAGGUAGCAUGCUCUAAGUGCAUGUAGCAAAUUUACUCUGUCCAGAUGCUUGCUUAGCUGGUUUAAAAUGCCACACAGUGCUGUUUAUUAGGGAAAUUGUUCUUUAAAGUGCAGAGUGUAUAUGGGGGUGGGGUUGGGGAAAGGAGCGUGUGCGCUUAUAAACUGCAUCUAGAAAGAAGGGAUUUGUGAGAGCAAAGCGAUCACCUGUCCCAGAUCACAGAAUAUUUUUUGGGGGGGGAGGGGAGAGACACCUUGCCUCUGAGCAAGGUGACAACUUCAUCUUAUGCCAGAAGAUAAGCAGAUGCCACCUUUUGAGAUGUGAUUUGUUCGUUCUUGUGGGUCCCAAGAGAACAUCUUCCUGUGUGGAAGUAAAUAAUGUUAGUAAGUACCUUAAUUUCUGUAUCCCUGGUACGUGUGAUCAGAAAUCUCCAAAGUGAAUUUGGCACCCUGGGCUCCUUUGGAAGGAAAGGUGGGAUAAAAACAUAAUAAAUAAAUAAAAUAAAACGAGAAAAAUGUAAACUUUUCCCUCCCACUGAUUUUCCUGAUCUCCCCACCCCCAACAGCAGUCAAGUGUAAAUACCUCCAGUUGUAUUCCAGAUUUCACAAUAGUUCAAAUAUGCUCAGCCUGGCUGUGUUUUAACCCAAUUGAGAGAUUCCCAUUUUUAGAUAUUCGCCAAAGACUGCCCUGCCACCCUGCCGUGAUUUUUACUGCCACUUUUCACCCCCGCCCCUUAACAGCUAUGACAUUGUCAACAUCACCCAGUUGCCUGUGUGUGAAAAUAUCUUGUGGAAUUUUGAAAUUCUUGACAAUGUACUGUGUGGAAUGUAAUAAAAUGAUGAUAUUUUUUAUAGA